AGGACUAGCCUCUUCUGCGUCUUUCUGCACUCCCUGCCCCCUGGGCUGAGCUGCAGUGGGCCCGGUGUUUGUUUCUUCCGCGGUGGGGAAGUGGGCGGGACUGGUAGUGAGGAGCUGGAGUGGUGGUUUCGCGGGUUUCUGGCCUUUCCAGACCCUUGUUGGUUUUCUGGGUUGCGGAGCUCCCCUAGGGCCUGGGGGUUUGUGUCGUCCCGCGCACGUCAUCGUGAAGCUCGGUCUAAGGGUACGGUUUCCCAGCUACCCUGCCCCUCUGCCCGAGGCAGAGUAGCGGACUGGUGGGCGUGCUGCGCUGGCUACCUGCGUCCCGUCAAAGAGCCAGAAGCUUAAGUGAAAAUGGUACAUGUUAGAAGACACGAAACAAGGAAAAAUUCUAAAACUCAAGAGCAUGAGCAGAAAUCUCGAGUUGAUUGGAGGCGGACUAAAAGAAGUAGUAUUUCACAGUUAUUUGAUAGUGAUGAAGACCUUAAUAGUGAUGAAGACCUUGACAGUGAUGAAGAGCUUGACAGCGAUGAAGAACUUGAUAGUAACAAGGGGUUCGAUAGUAAUAAAAAGCCUGAAAAUGAAAGAAAACUUAGAUUAAUUGAAGUUGAAAGUGAAGGUAGUAGUAACUGUGAGCAUCUCAUGAACACUGGCAACAGUUCAACAUAUGAAGAAGAAAAUAACAAAAACAAACCUAGAAGUACUGACUCACCAGAUCAUGAAAAGCAUUCCAGUCAAGAGGAUGACGAUCUCAACAAACACACUGGACAGAUAAUAGAGGAGGAUUUAGAAGAAGAACACAUCAAGCGAGGGAAGAGAAAAAGGAUCUCCUCUGUUAUGUACGACAGUGAUGAGAGUGACAGCAGUGAUAUCCUAGUUCGAAAAGUAGGUGUUAAACGUCCACGUAGAGUGGUUGAAGAUGAAUGUUCUUCAGUAGAGAUGGAGCCAAAAACACCUGAAAAAACUUUAGCUGCAAGAAAGCGAGAACAAUUCCAGAAACUCAAAGAACUCUCAAAACAAAGAUCUCGUCAGAGACGCAAUAGUAGUAGAGAUUUUGAGGACUCUGAAAAGGAAUCCUGCCCAAGCAGUGAUGAGGAGGAGGAAGAAGAUGAUUAUGAAUAUGAUGAAGAUGGAGAUGAUUAUAUUAUUGAUGACUUUGUAGUUCAAGAUGAGGAGGGUGAUGAAGAGAAUAAAAGCCAGCGAGGAGAAAAAUUGACUACAUCACAACUGAAAUUAGUAAAACAGAAUUCUCUUUAUUCUUUUAGUGACCACUAUACUCACUUUGAAAGAGUUGUGAAGGCUCUUCUGAUCAAUGCUUUAGAUGAAUCUUUUCUGGGAACAUUGUAUGAUGGCACCAGACAAAAAUCAUAUGCACAAGAUAUGUUGACAUCUCUUCAUUAUUUGGAUAACCGCUUUGUUCAGCCUCGUCUAGAGAGUUUAGCUUCUAGAAGUCGUUGGAAAGAGCUAUAUAAGGAGCGGGUAGAAAAUUAUUCUAAUGUAAGUAUCCAUUUGAAGAAUCCUGAAAAUUGUUGCUGUCAAGCUUGUGGAUUGCAUCGCCACUGCAGAUACUCGGUGCAUUUAUCAGGAAAGUUGUAUAACACCAGGACUAUGGAAACAGACGAUUUCAUGUCACAUGAUAAACAGGUGUUUACUGUUGGCAGAAUUUGUGCUGAUCGUACCAGAAUUUAUCACAAACUGAAACAUUUUAAGUUCAAGCUGUACCAGGAAUGCUGCUCCAUUGCAAAGACAGAAGAAGUUGAGGAUGAACAGGUUAAAGAAACAGUGGAAAGAAUUUUCAAUCAGUCAAAAGAAAGUGGCUGGAUUAAGGAGUUUCCUACCACCACAAAAGUCAGGUCAUCGGGAUCCUCUCUCUCUUCAUUGGGAAUGGAACCAGAGUUCAUAAGAAACCAUUAGGUCAGUUAAUUCUCCUCAAUUGAAGUCAGUAUUUUGAACGCUAUUGAUUGUGAGAUUUCUAAAUCAUCCUGACCCCUCUCUUAUCUUGCCCCACCCUGGGUCUUAGCUCUUCAUCUUCAUUGCUAUCACUGGAAUUUGGGACCUCAUUACCUAACUUAUUACAAGACACUAGUAACUAAUUGCUAUACUAUUCUAGAAUAGUGUUUUACCAUUUUUCUUAAAACACAUGUCAGAUCAGGUCAAUCUCCUACCGUAUAACCUUUAGCAGGGUCACAUUGCCUGUCACAUUAUUGCUAAACUCCUUCAGCUAGCAUUUCAUACAUUUUAUUCUCUGACCACAAACUCUUUGGUUCAGUCUUCUCUUUCUGUUCCCCUACAAAACCUCAAAUUAUAGUUAAAUUCCAUAAAAUCUUGUCUUCUCACCGUUGCAUGGGCUGUUGUCUGCUGCAGAAAACUCUCCCCAGCAAAUCUUUGCCUAUCGAAUCCUUUUUCCCAGGACAGCUCAAGUGAUUCUCUUUCCCGAUCACUUCAACUAACCAUGGCUACUCUUCUGAGCCUUCCUAACAGUGUCUAUAUACUUUGUCAUAGCACCAGUGCCAUGUACUGGUGUUGUAUUGUACACAUAGUAUUGGUGUACUCCCAGUGAACUCUGGUCUGUUUAGGAUCAGGGAAAGAGAUUAUUUUUGUACCUAGACAGUCAUGAGAAAGUAUUCAAUAUAUGUUAUGUGUUCAAACAAUUCUUGUUGAGUAAGUUAUUGAAGUUGUUAUACUUCUAUAAAUAUGAUAAUAGAAAAAUUAUAUUUUAUAAGAACAUUAUGAGAUCAAUAAUAAUGUUCGGUUUGAUCUCUUUCCGCUCCUUUAUGAGUUAGAAAUGCUUAUUUGCAAUUGUGUCCCUGUUUAUAAUGAGAUUUUUGCUCGUGAUUAUCAUGAAAUGAACAUGUUCCUGUUUGUCUCUGUAGAUUGAAAAGGCCUACCUUAUCUUCUUUGCUUUGAGUAAAAUAACUAGCUUUUUUAUUGUAUACACAGAAAUAUGGUCAACUUCAAGAAUAUCUAAAUUUGGCGGAUUACUUUCAAGAUGAGAAGUUUGACUGAAUUGUAACACAUUUCCUUCAGAGAAGAUUUUAUAAAUUCCUGUAAAUGUGAAGAUCAUGAGUCUUGUUUCUCUGUAUCAUGUGACGUUUUUAUAAAUUUUAUGUGUAUUUUCAUGGCAAAUAUCUUGUUUAAAACAUAUGUUCAUCUUAAUUUCCAUGAAAUGGCACUCACAGUUGAAUAAAAGUUUUAUCUGCUGUACAUAGAAAACAUAAGCCUAAUAAUUUUUAAGUAAGUGUAUUUUAAAGUUACAAAACAAUGCCUUUAUAACAGAUGAUCAUCAAGUGAAUGAGCUGUUCAUGUUCUGUCACCUUAGUAGACAAAUACUGUAUUUUAAAAAUGAAUUUAGAUCAACACCUACGUGUAUUUAUUAUUGAAUCCCUGCCCAGAUCUGUUGAUUAUCCUUUCCAGUAUUAAAUGAUCUGCACUGAUAUAUUGUUCACUGCUAUCAUUAUCUACACCAGAGGGCCAUGGAAGAAACCCAAUGUUUCAUUCAGUUCAAUCCCCUCACCUCAGAAGCAGACUAUAGUUUACCCAUUCCAAGUAAAGGAACGCUUUUCUCCUUUUCUAAAGUCUCCUUUGGAAAUAGAUCUCAGGCCGCCAGAGUCUUUCAACCCUCACAUUCAGGAAUAAUUUCAUGGUGUGUUUUUUCAUGCUUCAUAAUGUUCUUUAUAUUUUUUAUUCGAUUUUGUCUACAUGCUAAUGAUUAAGAUGUAUUUUAUUUAUUUUUAUCCAUAACUUUUCCCAUAUAUGUAUUUAUGUUAGGAUCUGAAGAUCUCAGAGAGACAAAUUCAGCCAAAAAUAGUUUAAAAGCAUAUUUUGGCAUCUGCAUUGCUUUGCACAUUUAAAUUUUCUCAUAAUAUAAUAAAGUAAAAUGGUUUCAUAGUGAUCAAA